AUGCCUAUUCGGUGUUUUGACCAUAAACUGAAAUGCAGGCUCCAGACUAACAACUUGACUCCGAAAGAUGGCUAUCAAUAUUUUGUACUGAAAGCGCAAGAAAUAGCCCGUUUGGAAAACUGGACUCCAGUGAACUGGGAAGAAACCUUCAAUGCAUUUCCAUCUAAGCUCAAUCCACAAACUAUAGUGCAUAACUGGUUGGGUCCCGGUGUUUGUCCGAAGGCUGUUGCGAAAGGUUUCAGGUGCAUUUUCAGUAACCAAGGAGUCUGGUUUAUACUAGUAGGGGAAGGGAACCUUUCAUAA